AUGGUCGAGAGACUUCCCGGUUUCAGAACUUGGAUCUGUUCGGUCCAAAUUGAAGCUCACGACUCAGAGAAUGCUCCUACGAUUUCUGAAUGUGAAUCGGAGAAGAGAGUGAUAAAGGGAAAUAUGUCUGAAGGAGAAAGGUUGAAAGAUCAAAGAGAGAAGGAAGAAUUAGAGCAGCAUAUGAGAGAUCGAGAUGCAGCUGGGACACGGAAGUUGACUGAACAUAAAUUAUUACGAAAGGAGGAAGAAGAGGCAAUUCGAAGAUCUAGUGCUACACAGCCGGAGGAUAUUCAAGUUUUGAGAAAGGUUUCAAGGCAAGAAUACUUGAAGAAAAGGGAGGAAAAGAAAUUAGAAGAACUAAGAGAUGAAAUAGAAGAUGAGCAAUAUAUGUUUGAAGGCGUGAAGCUUUCGGAAGCAGAAUAUCGUGAACUGAGAUACAAGAAAGAGAUCCAUGAACUUGUGAAGAAGCGCACAAAGGAGGCUGACAAUGUGAACGAGUAUAGAAUGCCAGAUGCUUAUGAUGAGGAAGGUGGUGUUAAUCAGGAGAAGAGGUUUUCUGUGGGUAUGAAGCUACAUCAAAUUGGAAAGGCAAGGCUGAAGUAUGGUUCAAAGAAUAAAAAUCAAGUCUCCGAUGAUUAUCAGUACGUGUUUGAGGACCAGAUUGAUUUUAUAAAGGCAUCGGUAAUGGAGGGAGAUAGUUUAAAAAGUCUUGGUAUUCAUGAUUUGUUGAACUUUGAUUUUAUGGAUCCUCCCCCUGCUGAGGCCUUAUUAAAAGCUUUGGAGCUUCUAUUUGCAUUAAGUGCAUUAAAUAAGCUGGGUGAGUUAACCAAGGUCGGUAGACGGAUGGCAGAGUUUCCACUUGAUCCUAUGUUGUCAAAAAUGAUAGUGGCUUCAGAAAAAUUCAAGUGUUCAGAUGAUGUCAUUUCAAUUGCUGCUAUGCUUUCUGUUGGAAACUCAAUAUUUUACCGUUCAAAGGAUAAACAAGUACAUGCAGGCAAUGCAAGGAUGAAUUUUCACACGGGAAAUGUUGGAGGCCAUAUUGCAUUGUUAAAGGUCUACAAUUCCUGGAAAGAGACCAAUUAUUCAACGCAAUGGUGUUAUGAAAAUUAUAUACAGGUAAGGAGUAUGAAACGGGCAAGGGAUAUCCGUGAUCCUGAGAGGGUUGAAAUUGAACUAAUAUCAAAUGAAAGUGAUUUAGAUGCCAUCAAGAAAUCUAUUACUUCCGGGUUUUUCCCACACUCUGCUCGACUCCAAAAGAAUGGAUCUUAUCGAACUAUCAAACAUCCACAUUCUGUUCACAUACAUCCUAGUGCAGGGCUGGCAGAUGUUCUUCCUAGAUGGGUUAUAUACCAUGAACUAGUACUCACAACCAAGGAAUACAUGAGACAGGUGACGGAAUUAAAGCCGGAGUGGUUGGUGGAGAUUGCGCCCCACUAUUACCAAUUUAAGGAUGUUGAAGACUCGUAUUCGAAAAAAGUACCCCAAGGAACAGGCAGUGUACAAAAGGACAAAUAAAUGACACUUUUUGGA